CUCUUCAGACCUCAAAAGGAAAAAUAUCAGGCAAAGGAAGGGAGAGAGGGAGAAAGGAAAGUGAGGAGGGGAGAGAAAGAGAGAGGAAAGAUGGCUAGUGAAUUCAAAAAGAAGAUCUUCUGGAGGGCAGUGGUGGCUGAGUUCCUUGCCAUGAGCCUUUUUAUUUUUAUCAGCAUUGGCUCGGCUCUGGGUUUUAGCUUCCCAGUGGUGGGCAACAAAACGUCAACAAGGUCUCAGGACAACGUGAAGGUUUCAUUGGCUUUUGGGUUAUCCAUUGCUACCAUGGCACAAAGCGUGGGCCACAUCAGCGGUGCACACCUGAACCCAGCUGUGACCCUGGGCCUCCUGCUGAGCUGCCAGAUCAGCAUCCUCAAGGCGCUCAUGUACAUCAUUGCCCAGUGCCUGGGGGCAGUGGUGGCCACAGCUAUUCUGUCAGGAGUCACCUCCUCUCUCCCAAACAACCUCCUGGGGCUCAACUCG